CUAUAAACGACUUACAAAACAUCAGAAACUAGCCUACAGACACAGAGGCGUACAUUUCAAAGCAGAUACAGAGAACCGUGUUGUCAACCUCUUAACUUGAUGUAACUGAAUGUAGAUAACCAAUGGAGCCUGCUACAACACUCACAGCUCCGAUACAGACCGAUUGCGAAACAGAAUGUCUGGUCACAACAGGUAUUCAGAAUGACCUAUGGGCUCGGUUUGUGACCCUGCCAAACCAGGAUCGAAUAUGGACUCUGACGCUCACCAACAAGGCGGUGCGCAAACCUGCGGAACAGGCCCACAAGACUCCCCUGGUGAUGGUCCACGGCUUUGGAGGAGGGGUGGGCCUGUGGAUCAGGAACAUGGACACGCUGAGUCGGUCACGGCCUGUUUACGCCUUUGACCUCCUGGGCUUUGGUAGGAGCUCCAGGCCUCCCUUCCCCUCAGAUGCUGCCAAGGCAGAGGAACAGUUUGUUGACUCUAUUGAGCAGUGGAGACAGUCUGUAGGCCUGGAGAACAUGAUUCUGCUGGGACACAGUCUGGGGGGGUACCUGGCUACCUCCUAUGCUAUCCAGUACCCUUCUAGAGUGUCACAUCUUAUCCUGGUGGACCCCUGGGGUUUCCCCGAGCGACCCGAGACACAAACCCAAGAGGGUCAGACAGGACAGGGGACAGAAGUGGGGAAGAGGCCACCCCUUCCACGCUGGGUAAAAGCUAUUGCAGCAGUGGUUUCCCUUUUCAACCCACUGGCUGUCAUCCGAGCAGCAGGCCCAUGGGGUCCGGGCUUGGUGAACAGGUUCCGUCCUGAUUUCAAAAGGAAAUUCGAAGAUCUGUUUGAGGAUGACACUAUGACACAGUACAUCUACCACUGUAACGCACAAACCCCGAGUGGUGAGGUGGGUUUCCGGGCCAUGUCAGAGUCUCUGGGCUGGGCCAAGAGGCCCAUGCUUCAGCGGGUUCACCAGCUGCCCCCCUCUAUGCCCCUCACCAUGCUGUAUGGAGCACAAUCCUGGGUGGGCAGCUCGUCUGGGGACAAAGUGGCUCAGAUUAGGGACCAGGCCCACACCAAAGUACUGCUGAUAGAUGAUGCUUCUCACCAUGUGUAUGCUGAUCAACCAGAGGAGUUCAACAGAGUGGUAGAAAAUGUAUGUAACUCUGUUAACUGAUGUGUGUGUGUGUGUGUGUGUGUGUGUGUGUGUGUGUGUGUGUGUGUGUGUGUGUGUGUGUGUGUGUGUGUAAAAGGGAUGGAAAGAUUCUGUGAGCUGUAACCUUUGCCUGUGGAGCAUGCUGGAUGGUUUUGUGUUGGGGCAUAUGAAGACAUCAUGUUGUAGCUCAACAUGAGUUUGAAUGUUAUUUUGUUCUAAAUCCUGUUGUCAUAGUAACAGGUUAUUGAUAUUAUUGUAGUAAGCUUGUAAGCUGAUAUGAUUGUUAUUUUUUCAAUUUAGGGUUGUUAGUAAAUGAUUUAUUUAUAACAUGAUUAAAUUUAUCAUACAGAGAAAUCAUUGAUCUUCUUAAUUCAGUGCUAAAUUAUGUUGCCAAUUGUUAUAUUUUUAACAGUAAGUGAGACACGCACACCACUCUGGAUGCACUGGUUUUAUGUGUUACCAAGCAGUCACAUGGCUACUGAUUCACACUGUUUAUGUGCCUGACAUGGACCAUUAAGUACUGUAUGAGAUAUUUCUUCAUUGGUCCCUGCGUUUCUUUAAAAUAUCUUUCCCUGUAUCAAACAGCUAUUUGUAUUUUAUACCUUGAAAACAAUAAAAGCUUAUUUGACAAACUG